CAUCCAUCAGCUGAGGAACAAGGUGUCAGAGGAACAUGAGAUCAUCAAGAAGAAGGAGCUGGAGACUGGCCCCAAGGCCUCCUAUGGCUAUGGGGGCAAAUUUGGAACAGAGCGGGACCGGAUGGAUAAGUGUGCAGUGGGCCACGAGUACAUUGCUGAUGUUGGGAAGCACUCCUCGCAGACGGAUGCAGCCCAGGGCUUUGGGGGGAAGUAUGGAGUCCAGCGGGACCGAGCUGACAAGUCAGCACUGGGCUUUGAAUACAAGGGUGAGGUGGAGAAACACUCGUCCCAGAAAGAUUACUCCAAGGGCUUUGGUGGCCGUUACGGUGUGGAGAGGGACAAGGUGGACAAAGUGGCAGUGGGAUUCGACUACAAGAGCCAGGCAGAGAAGCACGACUCUCAGAAAGACUAUUCUGUGGGCUUUGGUGGGAAGUUCGGGGUCCAGAGGGAUCAUCAGGACAAGAGUGCCCUUGGCUGGGACCAUCAGGAGGAAGUGCAACCCCAUGCAUCCCAAACAG